UUCGACUUGAAGGACACAACUAAGAUCGUCCUGCAGGAUCUCUACUAUGUUACCGCCAUGGGACCCCCAGGCGGUGGCCGCAAUGACGUCACACCCCGUUUCAUGCGUCAUUUUCACGCAAUCAGCAUGGUGCCCUUCAACGACGACACUCUAGUUCGCAUCUUCUCCACCCUGAUGAUGACCUACAUGCGAACACAGGAAUUCAGUUCCGAUUAUAUCAGCCUCGGUAGCACCAUGGUUGCUGCAACGCUGGAUGUCUACAAGGCGGCAAUGGAUAACCUGUUGCCAACACCAGCCAAGUCGCAUUACAUCUUCAACUUGAGAGACUUUAGCCGUGUCAUUCUGGGCAUCUGCCUGAUCAACAAGGACCACGUAGAAGACAAGAAGACGUUCAUUCGUCUGUGGGCGCAUGAGGUCAUGCGUGUUUUCUACGAUCGUCUGACGGACGAUCACGACCGAGAAUGGCUUUUUGAAUUCAUCAAAAAUUCCAUUAAAACGUCUUUCAAGGAGAACUUCGAGGCUUUGUUUGGACACCUACUUUUUGGAGAGACUGGGCAGGUGACCGAGGAGACUCUUCACAGUCUCAUGUUCGGCGACUUUAUGGAUCCGGACGCUUUGCCGGAGGAUCGUGCUUAUGAAGAGAUCAAAGACUACAACUUAAUGUAUCCCAUCGUAGAGCAAUGCUUAAACGAUUACAAUGCUACACACAAGACAAAAAUGAAUCUGGUCAUUUUCCGGUACGUGCUAGAGCAUCUGUCUCGGAUCUGCCGUGUUCUCAGAGUGCCUGGUGGUCACGCUCUCCUGGUGGGCGUAGGCGGUUCAGGAAGACAGUCUCUAACCCGGUUAGCGGCAGCAAUGGCCGGCUAUCAAACGUUCCAGCCCGAAAUCUCCAAAAAUUAUGGAAAGAAUGAAUGGCGUGAAGACGUGAAGCAAUGCCUGAAAGCGACAGGUGGCCAGGCAGUAGAGACCGUUUUUCUCAUCACUGAUGUGCAGAUCAAGGAGGAGAGCUUCCUGGAGGAUGUUGACAGCAUGCUAAACACCGGCGAGGUGCCCAACCUCUACACGCCCGAGGAGAAGGCCGAGGUGAUUGAAAUGGUCCAGUCGGCGGCCGAAGCUGCCGCUAAGAAGGGCGCCGCCAUCGAUACCUCGCCACUGGCUCUGUACGCCAUGUUUGUCAGCCGUAGCAGAAAGAAUCUGCACAUUGUGAUUGCCUUUUCACCGAUUGGUGAAACGUUCCGAAACCGGCUUCGGCAGUUCCCUUCGCUGAUAAACUGUUGUACCAUUGAUUGGUUUAUGCCCUGGCCAGAAGACGCCUUGGAGCGUGUCGCCCGCAAGUCUUUGAUGAAGAUUUCAAUUGAAGAGGAAAUGCGUGACAGCGCUGUACAUAUCUUCAAGUACUUCCAUACCUCGAUUAUGAAUCUGUCAGAAAAAUUCUUCAGACAACUGGGUCGUAAAACCUAUGUCACUCCGACUUCCUACCUGGAGCUCAUCAGUAGUUUUCAACGCUUGAUUACAAAGAAACAGGAGGAGACAAUGCGAGCUAAAAUGCGCCGAGAUUACGUUGUGAAGGCCUAG